AUGCAGAAAGAGAAUCAAGAGAACAGCUUUAUGUGCGAGCAGUGCUACAGAAAGUUCGAUACCUGGCGAGGGCUGAGAGUGCACCAGGGAAAAGUCUGUUUAAAGAAGAGAAGUCAGUGCAGAUCGUCAGAUUGUAAGACGCGAAGCAAAUCAUCCCAGGAUGAAAACCACAGCGGAACGAUUAGUGCUUCAGUCGACUCUCCUUUCACCCUGUCUCAGCAAGAGAUGGAACAGCAAACGGAACCAGGGUUACGGAAACCCAGAAUACUGUGGCCUGCUGCUAACGAGAAGGCAAAAUACAAGACGUUAGAAGAAGAAGUCCAGAAGAAAUUGAAAGAAGUCAAAAAGAGUUCUAACAGAGGGGAUGCUAAAGAAAUAUUGAGUGCGUUUGCGACCAUUAUCUAUGACUUGGCAAUAAAAGAGUUUGGUAUUUGUGAAGGAAAGAAAAAGACGGAGAAGAAAAGUGGAUUGAGUAGAAGGCAGAGAGUACUUGCACAGCUAAGAAAACAGAAACGAGACUUGCAAAAGCAGAAAAAGUACGCACCACCAGAAGAGAUAGAAGGCCUAAGAAUCUUGUUUGAAGAUCUUAAGAAAAAGAGCAGAGACCUACAGAGGCACGAAAGAAGGUGUGCCAGGAGAAAAGAGAGAAAAAGGGAACGUGAACAAUUUCUGAAGAAUCCUUAUGAAGCAGCCAAAAAACUGUUCACAGAGGCACGGAGUGGUAAAUUGGAAUGUACGAAAGAGGAACUCGAUGCUUAUGUUAAGCAGACGUACAGCGAUUCAAGAAGAGAAGAACCACUUCCUUAUAUGAGAGGCCUGAAGCGUCCAGCUGCCCCCGUCGUCAAAUAUUACCUGGGACCAAUUAGAGAGAAAGAAGUAGAUGAGUUCGUAAAAAAAGCAAGAGCAAAAAGUGCACCUGGAGGAGAUGGCGUGUCUUAUAAGGUGUUCAAGUAUUGCGACACGCUGAGACACACCCUCUUUGAGAUGCUAAGAGGCCUUUGGAAAGACAAAGAAAUCGUCAAAGAUUGGUGCAGAGCGGAGGGCGUGUAUCUACCCAAAGAACAGAAUGCAAAGGAGAUAGGACAGUUCAGACCUAUUUCAAUCAUCAACGUGACGUGCAAGAUCUUUAUGGGAAUACUUGCAAAGAGGACUGUAGCAUAUUUGCAAAGUAACGGCUAUGUGGAUGAAACGGUACAGAAAGCCGGGGUACCAGGGAUCCCAGGCUGCAUCGAGCAUGCUUUCACCAUUUGGGACACAAUCCAAGAGGCCAAGAAAAACAAGCAAAGUUUAAACGUAGUGUGGUUGGAUCUGGCGAAUGCCUACGGGUCUGUUCCCCAUAAAUUGCUGAUGAAGGCAAUGGAUUUUUUCUACGUCCCACAAGAGGUGCAAAACAUUAUGAGAGAAUACUAUAGUAACUUCCAGAUGCGAUUCUCAACCGCAAAUUUCACAACGGAAUGGCACCGACUAGAGAUUGGGAUUGCAAUUGGCUGCUCUAUAUCGGUCAUCUGGUUCAUCCUGGUAAUGGAGAUGCUACUGAGAUCUGCAGAAUGCUGUGAAGAAGAAGCAAAGGUGAGAUCACCAAAGAAAGCCUUUAUGGAUGAUGUGACCCUACUGACAAGAGAUGGAGACACAAUGCAAAGUGUGUUGAAUCGGCUCGAUAAGCUUAUCACCUGGGCCAGAAUGAAGUUUAAAGCUAAAAAGUCUAGAAGCCUGACUAUUAACAAAGGAAAACAGAAGCAACUGAAGUUCACAAUUGCAGGGGAACAAAUGCCCACAGUAAAAGAACAACCCGUGAAAAGUUUGGGUCGGUUGAAUUUCAAGAACUCUGUCUGA